AUGAAUCUCCGACAGGCACAACGUACGCUCUCUGAGCUUAUCGCCAAGUGCGAGGCCGCACAUAUUGAGCUUCCCAAGAAUCCUUUGGAAGCACGGGCUGAGGCUGUGGAAAGUAUCAUUCACUCGUUAAUGGAUGGAAAGCCAAACUUAAAAGAUGCUCAAGAUGAACUCCAGCAAAAGUUUGGGAUCCAGGAUGAGUGGAGACAGCAUCUAGGAAACGAAGAACCCAAGCGCUUGCAUCGCCGUCAAUCUGACCAAAAAAGAGCGACAAUUCACGAAAAGAAAGAUGUCAAGCUCACCCAGGGCACGGAUGGAGAAUCCGUGCAGUACCAUUCAUCUAGAACAGCCACCGUAACUCGGUUGAAGCAACAAGCUAAGAGAGAGGAAUCGAGUUUACAAGAGACUGCCGCGAUUAAAGUUUCCAAGAAGACCGAGAGCUCACGGGACGUGAUUGUUCGUGAGGUUUCUGACGACGCAGAGGAAAAGGGAAAUGUUGUUAUGGACAAUCAUGGCAAGAGCGUUUUGCCUGGCAGUCCUGACCAGGAUAUGAUUGAAUUACUGCAGGAUUUGGACGAGGACGAAAUCGAAGAUAAUGAAGGAGACAAUGACACGAGCAGUGACGAAGACGAAGACAUUGGCAAAGCACAUGCUCCGAAUUCUGGUUAG